CUCAUACUGCCUUCAUAUCCUGAAAUCCUCAUACUGAAAUAAUCAAAGCUAAGGAUUGAAGACUAAUCAUUAUACUUGAUACUUCAGAUGAAAUGGCAGAAGCUGUGUUAUAUGCCAUCAUCCUGGGAGCCAUCUCAGGAGCGACUGGUCAGCAAGUGGAGGUGGAGCCAGAGGUGUUUUCGUAUCCUGGCCAGACAGUCAACCUACGCUGUGCCCUCAUUAAUUCCGCUGGGAAUGAGCUCACACAGGUCACAUGGAGCUACGAGUCGAAAGAAGGGAACAGGAUCAACAUCGCUGUGUUUCACCUCAACUUUGAUCCCAGUUACCCCGACUCACCUGUGAAGGGCAGGGUCAGCUUCUCACCCAGUCCCCCAAACCUGAACAGCCCUUCCAUCCAGAUUCGUGAUGUUAGGGUGACUGAUGAGGGGAACUACAUCUGCUCAAUUUUUACCUUCCCAGCUGGCAACAGGCAGGGCACCACCUCUCUGGUCAUACUGGAGGAAGUUGGCAAAGUAACAGUAACUGCCAGCAGCACAGACCUGGUGGAGUUCAGUUCUGUCAGUCUGUUCUGCUCCUCCUCUGGAUCCUCCCUCUCUUUCCUCUGGCUGAACGGCAGCUCUGAGGUUACAGCCAGUGACAGAGUUCAGCUCACUGAUGGAAACACCACUCUCACUAUAGUCAGUGUGACCCGCUAUGACCAGGGACCAUUCAGGUGUCACGUGUUCAAUGCCGUCAGUAAUGGCACCAGUGCUCCAGUAAACCUCUCCAUCAGCUUCGGCCCAGAAAAUAUCCAUUUAACAAAAUCCCCAUCUCAGGAUUACUAUGUGGAAGGGUCAGACAUCAUCCUAAUGUGCUCAGCUGUCUCCAGACCCACUGCACUGUUUAACUGGUUCCUGAAUAGAGUCCCGCUGUCUGAUACUGGACGAGAGCUCAGACUUAUAAACAUUAAGGAGGAUCAGAGUGGGAACUACAGUUGUCAGGCCUUCAACAACAAAACUAUGAGAAAUGAAACAUCUCAACCUUCCGUCAUCUCUGUCCUAACGCGAGUCUCCAAUGUAAUAAUAACUGCCAGCAGCACAGACCUGGUGGAGUUCAGCUCUGUCAGUCUGUUCUGCUCCUCCUCUGGAUCCUCCCUCUCUUUCCUCUGGCUGAACGGCAGCUCUGAGGUUACAGCCAGUGACAGAGUUCAGCUCACUGAUGGAAACACCACUCUCACUAUAGUCAGUGUGACCCGCUAUGACCAGGGACCAUUCAGGUGUCAUGUGUUCAAUGCCGUCAGUAAUGACACCAGUGCUCCAGUAAACCUCUCCAUCAGCUUUGGACCAGAAAAUAUCCAUUUAACAAAAUCCCCGUCUCAGGAUUACUAUGUGGAAGGGUCAGACAUCAGCCUGAUGUGCUCAGCUGUCUCCAGACCCGCUGCACUAUUUAACUGGUUCCUGAAUAGAGUCCCGCUGUCUGAUACUGGACGAGAGCUCAGACUUAUAAACAUUAAGGAGGAUCAGAGUGGGAACUACAGUUGUCAGGCCUUCAACAACAAAACUAUGAGAAAUGAAACAUCUCAACCUUCCGUCAUCUCUGUCCUAAAGCCAAUAGUGAAUGCCUCUGUCACAUCAUCAACAAACCAGCCAGUUGAGGGAAACGCUGUCAACUUAACCUGUGAGGCUGCUGGCUCGUUCUUUGCCAGAAAGUGGAUGAAGGAUGGUGCAGAUCUGAUCCAGACUGGCAGAGUGCUGUCUUUUCAGUCUCUAAAGAAAACAGACAGUGGAAAUUAUUCCUGUAACAUCAGCAACCCUCUCAGCAGUGUUGCAGCUGAAUACAUCAUGGUUGUUAACUAUGGACCAGAAAAUGUUCAAAUCAAAGGUCCAAGUACAAUAAGUUUGAACCAGACCUUAACAUUAACCUGCUCUGCUGAGUCCACACCAACUGCUAAUUACACCUGGAAACUGAAUGAGACGAAGAUACUCAACAAUUCUGCCGUGUUGACUAAACACAUCACUGAUCUUUCUGACAGCGGAGAGUACACCUGUGAAGCGAUGAAUAGAAUAACUGAGAAAACAUCAUCUGCAGUACAUGGACUGACUGUAACACAGUACCUGCCAGGGAAACAACAUGGAUGUCUUUCAGCUGGUGCCAUUGCUGCCAUAGUAAUAACCAUAUGUUUCAUAGCUGCUGGUGGAGCUGCUGGAGGGUACUGUAUCUACAAAAAGAACGACAGGAGAGACAUACAGGAAAGUCAGGAAGGGAAUGACAUGCAGCAAAGAAAUAAGAAAGAUCCCCUGCCACAUAACACAGAUGAUCAAGAAAUCAACACUUGUUAAGUCUUCACCUGCACCAAGAAAAGAAGAUCCCCCACUGCUGUUUUUUUAAUUUAUUAUUAUUCCUUUAUAUUUUUUUUCUUGUAAAUUAGUAAAUCACAAUGCAAUGACACUUUGAGGCCACUAGGUGGAAGAAGAGCACCACAACUGGAUUACAGCUUUAGCAGCCUUGGUAUAUUAUUACUGUGCCUUAUUAAGUUUCAUGCAUAAUGUGUUGGCAAACAUUUGCCAUUUAGACAUUCAGACAGAGCAACAGUAGCAUUUCUGCUGCAUUUCUUGCCCAACACUGUCUCUCCGUUUAGCUCUGGUUUGAUCAGAGCCAUCAGCUCUUUCUCUAUUAGCUCUUAAACCUGGAAUAACUCAUAAUUAGCAACUUGGGGACAAUGGAAAUAAGUUGUAAAUACAGAACUGACAUAUUAUCACUUUUUAAGUGGAUCUGGUAAAAUUAUCACUCAUUUUGAGUAUAUAUACCUGGCAAAAAAAAGACCAAUAUGCACUCUCCAUUGGGUCUCCACCAAAGGGAAAUAUUUCCCUCUGCAGCUAAAUGCUCUACUAUGUCCACCAGAUGGUUGUCCUUUCCCAUAACCCUAACAUUUUCCUAAAAACAACAGCCGAAAACAAGGUUAAUGAGAGAGCACUGAGUGUGAAUCAAAACGGUGCAGUUGCAGGCCGUAAAACCAAUGAUGGAAUGAACUGAAAAAUGCUACAAAGCUCUCUAGUUGAGGAGAACUACAGCGAACUACUGAUGAUAAUUCAGUGUUGACCUCUUUCACAGAGUAGUCAUGUGAUCCAUUUUAAAUGUUAAGCUUGGUGUUUCACCAUGUUCAUCAAAUGACUUGUAUGUUUUUUUUUAAAUUUUGUACACUUAUGCAUACUUAACAAUUUAUACAUACAGUGCAUAUCUAAUGCUUGUUCUUAUGUGUGUGACCACAACUUUGUAAAUACACACCAGGUUUGGAAAAGACACAAUUCAAUUUUUAACAAUAUUUUUGUCUUUGAUAUUUAAUGCUUAUAUGUCAGCUAAUAAUAUUUGCUGUAUUUGUUGGUAAUAUAAUUGAAUAUGUACCAGUCUUUCAAAUAUGCGGAACUGUGAAAAUGAAAGUGUCAGAUGUUUUAUAAAUUAAUAUUUUUUUAAUUAUUUAUUAAUUCAAAAUGUAGCAGACUCAACACCCGAUUUGUCACCUUUUUCCAUUAAGCUUAGAGGAUAAUUACAUUUUAUCAAAGUUGUAUUCUUGAAUUGACACCUUUGACUUUUCUUCAUGCCAAAAACAAUAAAUAUAAACACCACAGA